CCAAAAUUUUGUGUUUAUCGUCUCAUUAGAUCACCGUUGAAGAUGUGCGAUUUAAAAUGAGUUUUGACUGAAGUUUCUUUGAAAUUUUGAUGUUUUGUAGGAGUUAUUCAGAAAAUUAGCCCUUUAUAAAUCUUUAAAAAUAUUGCACUAACUGAUUUUCAUUUCUCAGAAUGGAUGGUUCUUCUCAUUCCACAUCACGUUCCACCUGGAAUGUUAAAAAAACCAAGAAGUACGAAGCAAAAAAGAGAAAGUUGGAUGCUUUCAUGAAUUUAAUUGCGACUGAUGACCGCAAAUUGUCGUUGAAAAAGAAAAAGUCGAAUGAAUCUUUAGAAGAAAGUUACAAAGCGUUAAGAGGAGAGUUACAGAAAUAUACAAAAAAGAAGGAAAAAGCUCCUUUUUUCUCCCUUACUCCAAUUGGUUUUAAAGCUCAUGUUGAUUUAAGAAACUAUAAAACCUCUCCUAAAACAUUUCCAUUAUUCAUUCAAGACAUUCACCAUCUUUUACUCCGCUCACUACUGGGAAGCAUUGCACCUUACGAUUGUCGGUGGGCAAAGAUAGAAAGGCCAGAGAAUCUUGUGAAAACUGUUUUGUUGGUGAUUGAUGGAUUAACCAAGAACAGUUUUGUUGGUAAUCUUGCUUCCAUGCAAGAUGUCAUAGAUAUUUUUCCAAUUACAGUUGAAUAUGCUUCUUCAAAUUCAUCUUUUGCAAAUGAGCUGAGCACUUUACAUUUAGUAUCUGAUGCUUAUUUUAAAGAUAAAAUUGCAUACUCUUCAUUGUUUCCAGUUGAGGAAAAAGUUGUUGAUAAAGUUCCAAAAAAGAACAAACUUUCAAAGCUGCAUUUGUUAUUGAGUCCUGUACAAUUGGUCAUGGAACAUUAUCCUUUACCGAAAAGUAUUUAUGAGCAUUCCAUCUGCGAUAAUUAUGUUUUUACGAAAGACUUAUAUUCCCCUGUUACAGAUUCAUCUCCAAUGUUUGCUCUUGAUUGUGAAAUGUGUCAAACAGUCAAAAGUCAUAAUGAAGUAACCAGGAUUGCAGUCGUAGACGAACAGCUGGAGGUUGUCUACCACAGUUUUGUCAAACCCAUUGAUAAGGUAGUUGAUUAUAGAACAAAAUUUAGCGGAGUAACCCAAGAGAUGUUAAGAAACGUUUAUGUUCGGCUUUCAGAUGUUCACAAAGAGUUACAAAGGAUUUUGCCACGAGAUGCAAUAUUAUGUGGUCAAUCACUUAACUGUGACUUGCAUGCUCUGAGAAUGAUUCAUCCAUAUAUCAUUGAUACCAGUGUGAUAUUUAAUCAGAGUGGGAUAAGAGGGAAAAAGAAUUCCCUUAGAUCGCUCGCUGCCGAUUAUUUGAAAGAAUCUAUACAAUUAAGCAAGCAUGGGCAUAAUCCUGUUGAAGAUUCAAUUGCAAGUAUGAAAUUAGUUCAGGUGAAAUUGGAUAAUAGCAUAGAAUUUGGUGAUGCCGUUUUAGCCCCUCCCAAAACUGGCGAAUCUUCAAGUGCAGAUUCUGAAGCUAAAGAACCAGAAAAGGUAUCGGAAGAAAAUAAAAUCAGUCAUGAUUCUGAUUCAGGGUCAAAAGAUGGAUUUUUUUCCAGAAUCGUAAAAGCUUCUAAAAAGGCAUGUUUGAUAGGGACUUCUGAAUCUCUUGCUUCUUACCCUGUUGGUAUGCUUCCAGAAGAAAUAGUAAAAAUUCCGAAAUCAAAUGCUAAGAAAGUUUUUAAAUGUACUUUAAAUAAUUUAGAAACAUAUGACUUUCUUGUAACUCACAUGCAAUUUGAGGAUGCAGAAACCAGUUUAACGUUUUCAGAAGUGAAUGACAAGAUAAAAGAACUUUUUAAUUCUUGCCCAAGCCGGACUCUAGUAAUGGUUAUAGCUUCGGGUGUAACAAAAUCUACAACUAAUGAGAUAAACAGUGGAUUGUGUAUGACAGCUUUAAAAAAAUGA